AUGUCAUCGUGGUUGGGUGGACUGGGCUCUGGCCUCGGUCAGUCUCUGGGACAAGUCGGGGGAAGCCUGUCCAAUUUUACCGGACAAAUCUCAAACUUCACCAAAGAUAUGCUGCUGGAAGGAGUGGAGGAAGUAGAAGAUGCUGCCACAGAGCUUCAAGUCUCCAACUCCAAGUUGGUCGAAGUUGAAGGUGCAUUUGCCUCACAGAAGUCUGAGCAUGACCGGUUGAAAAGGCUUCAUGCUGAACUGGAAGAAAAACUGGAGGCGGCUGAGAUCCAGAUGAAGAGUCAGUCUGCAGAGUACAGGAUGCAGCUACAACAGAAGGAUGAGGAGAUCAGUCACUUGAAGUCCUGUCAGAGUGGCCUCCAGGACCCAGCACAGUCCUCCCUCGGUCUGGCCGUGCUUCCCAUCACCACUGCCUCCUCCACCUCCACAUCCACCUCAUUUAUGUCCCGCCCCACUGCCACUCACCAUGGUUUCCAAGGAGACGAGCUGGACCUGAGCGACGUGCUGUGGUCCCAGCAGGAAAUAAACCGUCUGUCAUCAGAAGUCACGCGUCUCGAGGCUGAAGUCGUCCACUGCAGGAGACUGACGCAGACAACUGCAGCAGCUGGAGCCGGAAAUGGUGACAAAGCUGAGAUCCACCGGCUUCAAAGAACAAUAAACGAGCUGCGAGAGGAGAUGAGCCGAGAAGUGGACGAGCAUCAGCAUGAGCUGGCCGCACUGCAGGACGCUCAGAGGCAGAAACUGUCUGACUUCACGCGGCGCCACAGAGAAGAGCUCGGCGAGUAUGAGGAGCGGAUCGAGGAGCUGGAGGAGCAGAUUCACAACGCUGGUGGUCCGUCAAGUCCCACCACAGAUUCCUCCAAACUCAUGGAGCUUCAGAAAAUUAUCAGCUCUCUGCGGGAGGAGAGUGAUCGGAGCGAGAAGGAGGUGUCAGAGCUCAGGGUGGGUUUGGAGGAGGCGCAGAGGAACCAGGCCUCGCUGCAGAAUGAGAAGGCCGAGCUGCAGGAGGAAAACGCAGGACUGUUGCAAAACUACACCCGGCUGCAGGCGUCAGUGUCCGAGCUGCAGACCAGAGUCCAGGAGCAGGAGGGGAGGAGUCUGCAGAAGGCCCAGCUCGAACAAGAGAUACAGGGGCUGAGGAGCAACUUGGCAGAUGCUGAAGCAGAGAUUGAAAGAUUGAAAGAGACAACAGAGAAGGAGAGACCAGCAGAUGAGGUGGAGCAUGCUGACAUCCUGGAGCUGAACACCAUUAUUGGUUCUCUCAGACAAGACAAGGAAGUCCUCGAACGAGAAAAGCUUGAGCUCCUCAAGAGGCUGAGCGAGUCUGAGCAGUCAGUUAGUGCAACCACAGCCGUGCCGUUGGAAUCAGAAGAGCUGGAGGAUCUGAAGAGGGACCUGGAGCUCCGAGACGCUGCCCUGAAGGCGGCUGAGGAGGAGCGUGACUCUCUGAUGUCCGAGCUCGAGGAACUGGACCGACAAAACCAGGAGGCAACACAGCACAUGAUCUCUGUAAAGGAUCAGCUUUCGAGACAUUUGAAGGAGGCAGAGGCCCAAAUAUCUAAACUUUCUGCAGAACUCGACACGACCAAAGCCCAAAAACAAAGUCUUGAGCAAGAAGUGGAUGCCCAAAAAGACAAAAUGAACCACAGCACGUUUACACUUAAUGACCUACAUAUGGCGAAACAACAACUUGAACACACAGUGACCGAACUGAAGGAGAAACUCGCAAAUUCACAAGAGCAGAGCAAAGAGCUUAGGAAAGAAGUAACAUAUUUAAAAAAGACUUUACAGGAGAAAGAGGAGGAGUUGUCCAUUGCAAUAACACAACUCUAUGAAGCUGGGAAUGGAGGAGACAAGGACCAAAUGACCAAAGACGUGAUAGCAACGAAAGACAAUGAGAUUUCAGAUUUAAAAAGUCAGUUGGACGGCUUUAGGAACACACAAGAAAAAGUGCUCACUGAGCAAUAUGAAAUUAAAAUGGAGAAUAGGAAACUAAAAGAAGAUUGUGACUCAAAAGUGGCUAAAAUUGAAGAGGUGAGCAAACAAAUGGUCGAAAAUCAGACUACUUUGAACCGGACUAUACGAGAGAAAGAGACUCGUAUCGAAGCUUUGAAACUCGAGAAAGUGCAAUUCGAAAGCGAACUGCAGCAGGUUGAGAAGACUCUGGCGGAACAAGCGAAGCUCUAUCAACAAACAAUAGAUGAGCUGACGCAAGCACGGUCAAUGGACGCGACCGCUUUACAAACCGAACACGAAAAAGCCAUCAAACUCAACCAAGAGAAGGAUAUGGUCAUCGCACAGCUAAAACGGGACAUGGAGCAGGCAGCAUCCGAUCACAGAGACACCAAUGAGAUGCUUUCGAUGACUGUAGACGUGAAGAACCUGAAGGAGGAGAACGAGGCGGUAGCGGCGAAGUCGAGGGAGAAAGAGUCAGAGUUCAGAGCGCUGCAGGAGACCAACAUGCAGGUGUCCAUGCUGCUGCGCGAAAAGGAGUUUGAACUGAGCGCCAUGAGUGAGAAGUCCGCCACGGUGGAGAGGAUGCUCAAGGACAAGGAGCAGGGCAAGUCUGGGGAGUUAAACCAGCUCUUAAAUGAGCUGAAGUCGAUGCAAGACAAAGCAGUAGCGUUUCAACAUGAGCGAGACCAGGUGAUGAUGGCCCUAAAACAGAAACAAAUGGAGACCACAGCCGUGCAGGCCGAGCUACAACACGUGAAAGACAAAGAGCAGCGUCUGAACCUGGAGCUGGAGAGACUGCGUAAUCAUCUCUUGGAGAUUGAGGAUUCGUACACGAGGGAUGCGCUGGCCGCUGAGGACAGAGAGACUGAGCUGAGGAGACGAGUUGCACUGCUAGAGGAGCGGCUGGCCACAUCCUCCAACGCCGUGGAGAAUGCCAGUCAACAGGCCAGUAUGCAGGUGGAGUCCUUACAGGAGCAGCUUAGUGGAGUUGUGAAGCAGAGAGACGAAACCUAUGCUCAACUCCGGACGUCCCAAGACCAAGUCAACCAGUAUGCAGUAUCUCUGUCCAACCUGCAGAUGGUGCUAGAGCAGUUCCAACAAGAAGAGAAAGCCAUGUACUCGUCUGAACUGGAUAAGCACAAGCGAGAGAAGGAGGAGUGGAAAAGGAAAGCGGAGAGGCUGAUGGAGCAAGGGUCUGCUCUACAGUUGAACCUCAAUGAAGCCAACUCUGCUUUGGAGUCUGCGUCUCGUCUCACUGAUCAGCUCGACUUGAAGGAGGAGCAACUGGAAGAAGCAAAAAAGCAAGUGGAUAUUCGACAGGAGAUGUUGGAGGAAGCCCAGAAGAAACUGAUGAAUCUUCUAAACAGCACCGAAGGCAAGAUUGACAAAGUCCUGAUGAGAAACCUAUUCAUGGGAUAUUUCCACACUCCAAAAUCGAAGCGAGCCGACGUCCUGAGGCUCAUGGGGAAUGUGCUCGGGCUCAGCAGAGAAGACGUGGACAAAAUGUUGGAGGGAGAUGGGCGACAUGGAGUGACAGGCUGGGUGUCCAGUUGGUUGGGAGGAAGAGGAGCCCAGAGCGUCCCGAACACUCCCCAGAGACCCACCAGCGAACACUCCUUCAACUCAUCUUUCUCCGAGAUGUUUGUGAAGUUCCUGGAGAUGGAGUCGACCCCCAGCCUCCCGGCUCCAAAACUGCACGACAUUAAACCUCUGAACGCUCCGCCGCAGAGGAAAGGUGCAGGUGCUUCCAGUUCCACAGCAGGAGGUGUUCCCAGUAAGCGUCCCGGAGAGUUGAACCCCUUCUUGGCGCCUCGCUCUACCGCUGUGCCUCUUCUUGGAGCCCCAGGACCCUCGGCCUCAGGUCACCUGCUCAUGAAGCCCAUCUCUGAUGCUCUGCCCACCUUCACCCCUGUGCCUGUGUCUGGAGAGGCCAGUGGGGGCGCUGCUGCGCUCAAAGACUUACUCAACCAGCCAGCUGUGAGCACCUCUGGAGAGCUCAUUUCUCAAUCCGCACAGACGGGACAGUCCUCUUCCAGCGAACAGAGCCGUGCGGAGCGGACACUGUAUGAUCUGGUGGUCGCGGAGGCGCGUCCAGGGGGCGGUGUGUGCCCCGAUUGGUUAUGUUCCUCCAAGAGGAUGCUGGCAGCUUUGAUAUACUGUAUUCUACUGUUUAUUCACCCGGGUCACGGUCAGACGUGUUCAGAUGGCUUUGCCUAUGACAGAAGGGCCAGACAGUGCAUAGAUGUGGAUGAGUGCCGCGCAUUACCAGAUGCCUGCAGAGGAGACAUGCGCUGUGUCAACAGGAACGGGGGCUAUCUGUGCAUCCCCCAAGGCCUCUACAACCAGCCCCAAAGACCCGAGGUCCCAGCCCUGCCUGAGCCGGCGUACCCCGACACAGAUGGAUACUCUGACACCUUCCUGCCCGGUCCACCCAGGUCUGUGGAGCCCAGUUACCCCAGGGUCAGGGGCACCGCUCCCUGUAUUUUAGGAUAUGAACUGGCAGAGGAUGGCACCUGCAAUGAUAUUGACGAGUGUGCGACCAACUCGCACCACUGUAACCCCACUCAGGUGUGCAUCAACUCAGCCGGCGGGUACACCUGCUCCUGCACCGAGGGCUACUGGCUGAUCGGAGGACAGUGUCACGAUAUUGAUGAGUGUCGCUAUGGUUACUGCCAGCAGCUGUGUGCCAAUGUGGCCGGGUCAUACUCCUGCUCCUGCAGCCCCGGGUAUCUGCUCAACCCCGACGGGCGCACAUGUGAAGAUGUGGACGAGUGUGAAGAAGAGCCGUGCAGUCAUGGCUGCUUAAACACCUUUGGUUCCUUUAUGUGCAACUGUGGGGAGGGCUUUGAGCUGGCGGCUGAUGGCACCACCUGCAUGGACCUGGAUGAAUGCAGUUUCUCCGAGUUUCUUUGUCAGAACAGAUGCAUAAACACUCCGGGCUCUUUCACCUGCAUCUGCCCACCUGGAUACUACGUUUAUGAGGACGGCAGAAGCUGUGAAGAUUAUAAUGAGUGUGAAACUGGAAAUAACACAUGUACAGCGCAGCAAGUGUGUUUCAACUUCCAGGGAGGCUUCACCUGCCUGGACCCACUGCAGUGCCCCCCGCCCUACGUCGAAGUCAGCGACAAUCAGUGCAUGUGCUACACAGAGAACCCCCAGUGCCGGGACAAGCCCUUCACCAUCCUGUACCGCCACAUGGACCUGUCCUCCGGCCGCUCUGUCCCCGCCGACAUCUUCCAGAUGCAGGCCACCACGCGCUACCCAGGAGCCUUCUACAUCUUUCAGAUCAAGUCUGGCAACGACGGACGCGAGUUUUACAUGAGGCAAACCAGCAACGUGAGCGCCACCUUGGUCCUGACGCGCCCCAUCAAAGGCCCCAAAGUGGUGGUGCUGGAUCUGGAGAUGGUCACAGUCAACAACGUGAUAAACUUCCGCGGCAGCUCCAUCAUCCGCCUGACGAUAUACGUGUCCGAGCACCCAUUCUAG